AAACAUGCGUUUAUGUUUAUUAUACGCGACAUGAACAUCUAUUCCUUCCGUAUUUGAUUAUUUCAUGUCAUCCUCCUAAUUCUUCAUCCUUCCGCAUUUCAAAUAUAUAUUUACUGUGACUCAUGGAAAUCGUGACAUAAGAGUGUAAACCGAAGUAAACAAAAAAUUAGACAUAAGGUCUCAAACGUAACAAAUUGACGAGAAAUAAUUUUUAUCGUAGAACUUCUUGACAAAUUAUGUUGACGUCCUAGAUUUUGGAUUAUAAUGAGCCAAUUUGUUACGGUGCAAGUUGGCCAAUGCGGGAAUCAAAUAGGAUCAGCUUUCUGGCCGUUAGCCCUGCACGAAUACGGCAUCCAGACUACCACCGGUGGUGUAAAUCUGCUCAAGGUGCAACGAAACCAUGUCAGGCACAUCGGCGAUCUCUCCAAUGCUUUUUCCAGUUUUUUUCAUGUCCCGAAUGGAAAACAUAAAUUGCCUUUUCAAGAUGUGGCCGACUUGAACGUAGCUAAAGUUAAAGCUAGGGCUGUUUUAGUAGAUAUGGAGGACAGCGUUGUAUCGAGGUUUAAGCAGGGUCCACUGCGCCAGUUAUUCGAUCAGACGUGUAUUGUAACAAAUUACCCAGGCUCUGGAAACAAUUGGGCAAUAGGAUAUCACGUUCACGGUAGCGAGUAUCACGAUCGUUUAGAAGAAAGUGUAAGACGCGUAGUUGAAAAAUGCGACCGACUUCAUGGGUUUUUAUUGAUGCACUCCUUGGGAGGUGGCACUGGAUCUGGAUUAGGAACGGCAACCUUGAAACUGUUGAGAGAUAAUUACCCUCACGUGGAAAGAAUUGUAUCGUGUGUAUAUCCAGCAAAUACACAGGAUACCAUAACUGCCCCUUACAACACGUUACUCGCAACUCGAGAACUAGUAGAACAUGCGACGUGCGUGCUUCCUGUAGAGAACAAAGCUCUCUUAGACAUAUGUAAUGCUCAAAUAAAUAAACGAGAUAACGCAGGUCAAAUAAAUUACAAUGCCUCGUGUAGACCAUUUCAAGAUAUGAACAGUAUCGUUGUCAAUAUGCUCUUGCACUUGACUAGCGGAUCCAGGUUUCCGGGAAGCUUAAAUAUGGAUAUGAAUGAAAUAGCUACAAAUCUAGUGCCUUAUCCGAAAUUACAUUAUAUAUUCAGUAGUAUCAGUCCUGUGACUUUAUCUGCCCCAAAUAUGUGCACUAUGCAAGAAGCGAAAUUGCAGGAUGAAGUAUUUACAAACGCAUGGUCGCGAAAUAAUCAAUUAAUUAGAUUAGAUCCACUUCAAUCUACUUCUGUCAUUCUUGCUGCAGCACAUAUUGCGAGGGGAAACACCACCUUAACUGACAUAAAACGAAAUAUUGAAAGAUUUCAACACAAAUCAAAGUUUACUUCGUGGAGUAGGGAUUGUAUGAAAAUAGGAUUAUGUUCCGUUCCUCCGGCAGGACAUUCAUCGUCAUUACUGUGUCUUCUUAAUUCAUCCGCCAUGUCUUCAUUAUUCAAAGAUAUAAUCCGAGAGUUUUCUAAACUGUAUAAGAAAAAGGCACAUGUUCAUCACUAUACGCAAGUACAUGGAUUUGAAGAAACGCAUUUUAUUGAGAGCAAGGAAAAUCUUCUCAAUUUAUGUGAAUGUUAUGCAGAGAUACAAAAUGUGGAAGAGGCGAGUAUCUCUAGAUUGCAAGUAAUUUAAUUAGUUUGUAAAAAGAAUUUGAUGAAAACUAAAUGUUAUCAUACAUCACUUGCAUAUGUAACAAAAAAUUUAUUUGUAUUUAUAAUCAAUAUAUUUAUUAAUUUAUUAAUA